UGUAGCGGGGAUCGCGGCUGUACCCUACCGACAAGAUGAAUUAAGCCGAGCCUCCAUUUGGCAUCUUAUUUCCGACAAGACCAAGGAGAUGAUUAUCGACCCAAUGAGGAAGAAGGUGCAGCACACACCACUUUACAUGGAAACCAUGAAGAUUCACUGCUGCACCACCUGUGUGGUGGUGGUGGUCCUGCUGGGAGUUUUGAGUGACGCUCAAGUUUCCUGGGAGAAGUUUCCUCGAACCCAGAAGCCCGCCUGGCCUCCGACCCAGAGGCCCGCCUGGCCUCCGACCCAGAGGCCCGCCUGGCCUCCGACCCAAAAGCCCGCCUGGCCUCCGAUCCACAAGCCCGUCUGGCCUCCGACCCAGAGGCCCGCCUGGCCUCCGACCCAGAGGCCCGCCUGGCCUCCGAUCCAGAAGCCCGCCUGGCCUCCGACCCAGAGGCCCGCCUGGCCUCCGAUCCAGAAGCCCGCCUGGCCUCCGACCCAGAGGCCCGCCUGGCCUCCGACCCAGAGGCCCGCCUGGCCUCCGAUCCAGAAGCCCGCCUGGCCUCCGACCCAGAGGCCCGCCUGGCCUCCGACCCAGAGGCCCGCCUGGCCUCCGAUCCAGAAGCCCGCCUGGCCUCCGACCCAGAUGCCACACUGGCCAAAGAAGCCUAUGUAUCCAACCCAGAGGCCUCAGUGGCCUGAUACCAUGCCGCCUCUGUAUGCAACAUUGUCGCCGAUCAUUGGUCUCCAGAAUCCUCAGACACCUCCAAACUGUGAUGUAAAACAAAGUGUCAAGAUAACAUGUGGAUCUGGCAUAACCUCUGCAGCCGAUUGUACAGCUAUAAACUGCUGCUUUGAUGGCCAGAGAUGCUUCUAUGGAAGAUUAGUGACUGUACAGGCCACCAAAGACGGUCAGAUUGUGGUGGUGGUGUCCAAACAGGCCACUCUUCCAACUUUGGAGCUAACCUCGGUUCGUCUUCGGAAUGAUGCAGACCCGCAAUGCAGACCCGUUGCCUUUAACUCUGAAUUUUUAGUCUUUCAGUUCGCUGUCACAGCUUGUGGAACCUCCGUAAUGGAAGGAGAUGGUUUCAUAAUCUAUGAGAACAGCAUGGAGUCUUCUUAUGAUGUCAGCUUUGGACCUCUGGGAUACAUUACAAGGGACAGCUACUUCAAGCUGGCAUUCCAGAUCAGAUACGUGGGAAUGUCCGUACACACUCUGAUUGUUGAGAUACUGGACAAAAACAACCCCCUUGACGUUUAUGGUGUAGGACCCCUUGAUCUCGAACUCAGACUGGCAAAUGGCCAGUGCUCAGUGAAGGGCUGUAGGGAUGAAAACAUGUACUACUCCUCAUAUUAUGGCAUGGCAGACUAUCCCGUUACCAAGGUGCUGCGGGAUCCUGUGUACGUGGAGGUGCGUGUUAAGGAUAAGACAGACGGCAGUAUGGUGCUGAUCCUGAACCGCUGCUGGGCCACCAACAGCCCUCUGCCUCACAGCAUACCCCAGUGGGACCUCCUGGUUGGCGGCUGUCCAAACCCAAAUGACAACAAGUACCUGACCACUUUGGUUCCAGUGGCCAGCUCUCCCGACGUCCAAUUCCCCUCACACUACAAACGCUUCGUUGUCAAGAUGUUCACCUUUAUCAACCAGUCAACUAGGCUUCCUACGACUAAUCAGGUGUUCUUCCACUGCUCCGCCACAGUGUGCCACUCUGCUGUCGCCAACUGUGCGCAGUCAUGCCUUCUCAGGAAAAGGAGAGAUGUAUCUGAGGACCCCAGGACUGACCUCUCCAGGGCGUCCACAGGAGUGGUGGUUUCCAGUGGAGCUGUGAUCCUGACAGAGGGCACUGUUGAACAGCUCCAGUAAACCUUUCCUGCUCUGAUACAUGUAGUAACUUCUGAACCCUGCAUGUAUCUUUCUUGAAAUAAAUACAAAAGAGUUGUGACCUA